GAGAGCGAGUGGCGCCAUCUUAGUUUCGAACAAAAUACGGUUGGCCAUUUACGGCGGUUAUUUCUCGCUACAAGAAAGCUUCAGCAAAUGCAAAAACUAACAAGAAGGAUUAAUGGAUACUCGUUCAUAACUCUGAGCUGAGCUAAACGGUGUUUUCAACGUGGAGUUUGAAGAAUUCGUUGUAUAAAAGCCGCCCUUUGUUCGUGUAUUGUUGAACUUGUAGCCAGAGCGUUGAGUUCUCAAAGGCGAGACCCCACAAGAUCAGAAAUACUCAGUAUUUUUCGCUCAGACGAGACUAAAGGAACUCCACUGGAUGAUAAAGGUCAUAAGAAGAAAUUCAAAGAACUGUUUAGCUGGUUUAAAGAGAAGUUUUAAACUGUUGGAAGACGCGAAAUCGUGAGCCGAGAUCCUGUUGUCGUUUGGUUAGUUCGAGAUGUCGCCAUUUUAACGAACGCACUUAGUUGGGUGGGUAUUUUAUUGAUAUGUCGUAAAGCGAUUGCCGUACAACGUAACAAGGAAAGAAGAAGUUAUUGGCAGGGAUAAAUCGAAAUAUUUUUGAAGCUUAAAGACAUUAAUCUGGACUGGUUCAGAGUCAAAAGUUUCGUGAAAAAUAUAAGUACGGACUCGCUCAUUGCUUCGAGGUUGUUUCGGAAGCACCGAAGCUACGACUCGAAUUCCUCGAUCCUAAGAUCACGGAAACCUGAAAAGGGGAUUUUAGGUAAGUCCAGAAGCUCGUACUUCGACUGAUCGCAAAGAUCUGACGGAUUUAUUGUAUCAUGUUGUGAUAUAGUCUAAUAAAAUGGUAAGCAUCAGAGAACUGAUCGACAAUCUCCGAGCUACGAAGCCGCCAUACGAGUGUCCUUUGUGCCAAAAAUUUUACAAGAGCUACAGCGGAAUUGAAUAUCAUUUACAAACAUUCAAGCAUGAUGGGUCCGAUGCUCCUCCACCGCCAUCCUCGUCCAAAAAGAGUAAAGGAAGGGGCCGAAAGAGUGGAAAAACGGGUAAGAACAAGAAGCCUCCACCAUCACCCCCACAAGUCGUUGUUCGGGAAACACUAACUUAUGCUCAAGCCCAACUCAUAGUUGAAGUCGAACUUGAAGGACAAGUUAAUCGGAUUGGCAUUGAUGAUUCUUUACCAGUUACGGAGGAAAAAGAGUUAAAGGUUGCUGACAAGGUAGAGGAGACGAUAGAACAUGUAACUCCAAAACCUCUCACAAAAACAAAGAGUAAAAAUAAGCACGUAAAGAAUGAUGUUGAAAAUACUCCUACGUUGCCCAAGUCAGAUUUUGUAUCUCUAGAUGACUGUUUCCACCAGCCCGAUGCUCCUAUUAGGCCAACUACAUACUUUAGGUUCAUAGAACAGACGACUGAAGAAAUGGAUGAAAUGGUAGAGUAUGAUAUGGAUGAAGAGGAUUAUUCAUGGCUGGAUAUGAUCAAUGAACAGCGCAAGUCAGAAAGCAUUGCCCCAGUCUCUCAGGAAGUAUUUGAAACUUUGAUGGACAGGUUGGAAAAGGAGUCAUAUUUUCAGAGCCAAACUACAUGCGACCCAAAUCAGUACAUUGAUGAGGAUGCAGUUUGUUGUAUUUGUAAUGAUGGUGAAUGCCAAAACAGUAAUGUUAUUCUAUUUUGCGACAUGUGUAACUUGGCUGUCCAUCAAGAGUGUUAUGGGGUCCCAUACAUUCCUGAAGGACAGUGGCUCUGCCGACGUUGUCUGCAGUCACCAUCAAGGGCAGUGGAUUGUGUCCUAUGUCCAAACAAGACUGGAGCUUUCAAGCAAACAGAUGAUGGUCGCUGGGGACAUGUGGUUUGUGCACUAUGGAUACCAGAAGUUUGUUUUGCAAAUACGGUGUUUCUUGAACCUAUUGAUUCGAUAGAAAAUAUCCCAUCAGCUCGCUGGAAGCUCACAUGCUAUAUCUGUAAGCGUCGUCAGGGAGCAUGCAUUCAGUGCUUCAAAACUAACUGUUAUACUGCAUUUCACGUAACAUGUGCGCAACAAGCUGGUCUUUUCAUGAAAAUUGAACCAAUAAAGGGAGAAAAUGGGCAAAUGACAGUUCGCAAAACAGCAUACUGUGAUGCUCAUACUCCAGACUACCUAAACCCUGAUAAAGAACAGGAAGAGGAGAGUGAAGAGAAACUCCUUCCUGUUAAAAACAAGCUAGCUACCAAGAAUGGAACAUCCAAGCGCAGUAUCAAAAAGUUUAGAAAGCUUCUUGCAGAAAAGAAAACUAUGCCUGUUCCUGUCGUCAAUAUUCCAUUCAUUCCAGCUCACAGGUUAGGGAAGAUUGUAAGCAGGGUUGCUAUGGCGAGGAAAGCACAGUUUGUCCAAUCUCUUCAAAGUUACUGGAUGUUAAAACGCCAAUCAAGAAAUGGUGUUCCUUUGUUGAGAAGGUUACAAGCCACACAUCUCAGUCAGAAGGGAGGAGGAGAUGAAUCAAGUGAAAGAUCAGAGAGAAUAAAGGCCAUGAAGGAGCAGCUACACUUCUGGCAGAGGCUUCGACAUGAUCUUGAAAGAGCUAGACUGCUAGUGGAGCUGAUCAGGAAGAGAGAGAAACUGAAACGAGAACAUGUUAAAGUAAAGCAGCAUGUUGUGGAUCUGAAAUUGCAGCCACUGAACAUGGUGUUGAGGAAAGCCUUAGAACAAAUCCAGAAUAAAGAUACCGGUGACAUCUUCAGUGAACCAGUGAAUCCUAAUGAGGUUCCUGAUUAUCUUGAUGUUAUUAAAACCCCAAUGGAUUUCUCAACCAUGGGUUCAAAAAUAAACUCCAACUCCUACCACACGAUAGACCAGUUUGAAGCUGAUUUCAGCCUAGUCAUAGAAAACUGCUUACAAUACAACGCUCCAGACACCAUCUACUACCGUGCAGCUCAGAAAUUGAGAGACCAGGGGAGGCCCAUCAUCCGAGCUGCACGCAGACAGAUUGAAAGGGCAGGUAUUGACCCAGUCACUGGCUUGCACACUAAGGAGGCUCCCACCCUUGCUGAUAGGGAACCAACUGAGGAAGAUUUCAUUUUGACUGACGAACAAAGAAAAGAAAUGAGUUUAGAAGAACAGCUGAAGGAUUUGACGGAAAAACUUGACAUGACACAAGCAAUAAAACAUGGAGGUGUGAGGGCAACAAGAGUUCGAACGCUUAGAAAAGAAAUUGCUCUUGUUAGACGGAAACUGAACCAGGAAAAAAGACGCCUUUCUGAAUCAAGUGGCGGUGCUUUUAACGAUGAAAGACGAUCAAGAUCUUGUGACGUAUUCACCAGUGAAGAUUCAGCCAAUGAAAUACCUCCAAAUAAAAAACCAAGGCUUGAAGAAAACACGCUUCCCGAAGGAGACAUGGCAACUACACAUCCCGCGGGUACCGUGGCGUCUGAACCCAAGGCAACCGCUGACYCGUCUAUCUCCACGGCAACCACCAACCCCAGCCCUGGCAUGAGCCGAAGGAGUGGGAUCCUCUUCAACAAAGGUCGAAGUCGUGUACGACGAAACUUGAAUGUGACGAACGACAAGUCGUAUGUGGAUGGCUCUGUGGUUCCAAACCACGUUCUACAACCGGUCAAUCAUAAGAAAAACACCGACGUCUCUACGGAGUCGGAGGUGACUCACAAUCACAAGACAGAUGUCAACAGAGGAGUAGAAAGUUUGUUUGAGGAGAGAAACCCGGUCAGAGAUACGAACAAUAAGUGGCGCAGUGACAUCGGUAAUCAUGAAGGGACGUACCAUCACAGAAAACCGUACAAAACAGAGCUUGGUAAACUUAUCGAGGACGCGACUCUACCAAUGUACGAAUGUACGAAUGAGGGACGCGACUUUGUUUUUACUAACGGCUUGAGACAAAGGAAUAACCGAUCGUAUACUAGUGGGUCGGAAUCUGAUGCCGAAGUAAGGGCUAACGGUGGCAGACAGAAAAAGGUAAGGCUGUUCUCGUCGGUUUCGGAGGAUGAGCAAAGUACAACGGACACUGAGAUAGGCGCGGCUGAGAAUCGGGUUGCGAACGGGCCAGUCGAGGAUAUGGUAAAGAAGAAGCGACAGAGAAAGACCACGACGGAUUCUGAUUUGGAUUUAACACCACUUGAACCGUUAGAACUGGUGUGGGCCAAGUGUCGUGGAUAUCCCUCAUACCCAGCUUUGAUAAUAGACCCCAAGACAAAGAAAGGAUUGGUGUAUAAUGGUAUCCCAAUACCUGCGCCUCCAGAAGACGUGAUGAGAGAGAGAUCAGUGACAGAUGACUCGCUGUAUUUAGUACUCUUUUUUGAUACAAGACGGACAUGGCAAUGGCUGCCUCGACAUAAAUUAGAAUUAUUAGGAGUGAACAAGGCGAUAGACGAUAGCAAGCUAAUGGAGGGCAAAAAGCUGUCCAUGAGAAAGUCACUACAAAAAGCUUACGAACGAGCUAUCAUGCAUCAAAACCAAGUAGAAGCAGGUAGAAGAAGCAUGGAGGAAGGUGACGAGGGCGAGGAUGAAGAUGAGGAGGAGGAUGAUAAUAUCAGUGAAAAUGGGUUCGACUAACCUCACAUCUUUGAUCUUGCCGUGAAUGUUUUCAUACAGUGUUUUAUACGUUAUCCUGAUUUUGUUUCAGUCGCACAUUUUUAGUUCAAAUCUCUACUGCUACUUAUUCGCGUUGUCGGUCUAAUAUUGUUUCGUGUGCGCUAAGCAUAGGUAAAUCAGUGAUGAAAAUUUUGAAAACUUCUUAUCCUGUCUAAUUUUUCCUGGGGUGGGGUAGGGUCCAAGCUAAUCCUAUAAUCACUUUCAGUUCAGAUUUUGAUAAAUUCCAAUGACAUAUAUAACGACUAAGGCAGAUCAAAUCGUGUCACUCCUAUGUACAAAAUAUCCACGUUGUUUUUUCCCGUUCGUAUUUGCAACGCAAGCCAUAAUAACAUACGCAAGCGCAGAUAAUACGUGUAACCCCCUGAACGUUUUUCUUCCCAAAUAUAAAUCAUAUAUGUUUAUCAUUUGCGCUUGAUUAUAUUGUAACCAUAUUGUUUCCGUCGAUAAUGAAAGCUAAGCCUCCCCCCUAAAAUUGUCUUGGGUGUGGUCAUUCGCGGCAGGGAUCAACUUAGUCUCUUACAUAGAUGUUCUUAGUGUCUGUCACGCAACGUUGCGUUCGAAGCUAGGAUGAACAGCAGAGACUUGUAGCUGUAUGACACCUGUAGAAUUAAUCCUUGUAUAGCUUAAGCAUUUUUCUUACUCCAGUGUCUUCAUGUGCUCAUUCAUCCAUCGCUGCUUGUUGCGAGUUAUUCGUAAUGCUCAAAUAGUAAUUUCUAUAUGAAAUUUUAAAAAUAUCUUUUCAAUAUUAAAUUCGUAUUUAAAAAGAAAUCAGGGGUCAAAUUGGAACUGUUUUUGUGUGAACAUUUUUUGUUUGUUUUUAUGAAAUGAAAUGAAGCUGACAGAUGUACUAUAUUGUAAAUUAAAGCACUCGUAAAGUGGACGUGUUAAAUGAUGAUAGACGUGUGGUUUUCGAAUAACUCUCAACUAGGGUUAUCUACCAUGUAACCCUAUAUUUGUUAAUAUAUAGUGUACAAAAUAUACGUUACAAACGCUGUUAAAUUCUACUUUUUAAAUUACCCAUCUUUGAGGGCUUAUUAAAAACACUCACUUUUAUACCGAA